AUGUUGGUCUGUUUCUGGUUGCAGACGUCGGUCCCGGCCGUGUCCAGCAGCCACGGCUCCCUGCUGGCGGUGGUUCCUGGUGUUUUGGGUCUGGUGGCGCUCUCUCCGGAGACGGACGCCUGCGGGAACCCGUGGAGGGCCGUCCACUUCUGCCAGGAGCUGAUUUCCACGUUUCAGCUGCACAGUUUUGACAUCAGGACUCCGUUCAGACAGAUUCUGGCCUACAGACAGUGGAAGACUGAAUCUGAGGGAUACCAGAUCAUGAACGUCCUGCUUGCGGCUUUUAAAGGGAACGUCCAGGCCCUGAGGAGGUACUUCCUGUCUGGAGUCGAUGUAAACGCCGUCGAUUAUGACGGCAGGUCGGCUCUGCACGUGGCGGCCGCCGAAGGUCACGCUGAGGUCAUCCGCUUCUUGUUGGAGAACGCCGGAGCAAACCCCGCCCUCAGGGACAGGUGGGGGAGCUCUCCUCUGCAGGAGGCCAGGAGGCACAACAAGGAGGCUGCAGUCCAGCUGCUGCAGGGAUCCACCUGACCCCCAAACUGACCCCAAAACUGACCCCAAAACUGGCCCCCAA